UCUGCAGCUCCUACGACAACCUCAACUGCAACACCUUCUACAACUGCAGCUCCUACAACCACUAUCACUGCAGCAACUACUACGACAACCACAACUGCACCUACUGCUACAACCACAACUGCAGAUCCUACUACAACAUUAGUUGUAGUUUCAAGCACUGCAGCAGCUGAACCUGCAACAACUGUAGGUCCUACUACAACAACUGUAGCUCCAAAAACAGCUACAACUGCAGCAACUACUACAACUGAAGCUACGACAACAACCACACCUUCCACUACAGCUACAACUGACGGUCUGACAACAACCACACCUACUACGACAGCUACAACGGAAGCUCCUACGACCACUACAACGACAACUGCAGCUCCUGCGACAACUGGAGCAGCUACUACGACAACUGCAGCACCUACUACGACCACUGCAGCGCCUACUACGACAACUGUAGCUCCCACAACAACUACUUCUGCAGCUCCUACGUCAACUGCAGCUCCUGCGACAACUGCAGAUCCUAUGACAACUACAGCUACUACGACAACUGCAGCACCUACGACAACUGCAGCACCUACGACAACUGGAGCACCUACAACGACAACUGCAGCACCUACUACGACCACUGCAGCGCCUACUACGACAACUGUAGCUCCCACAACAACUACUUCUGCCACUCCUACGACAACCUCAACUGCUACGACAACCUCAACUGCUACAACUUCUACAACUGCAGCUCCUACAACCACUAUGACUGCAGCAACUACUACGACAACCACAACUGCACCUACUGCUACAACCACAACUGCACCUACUGCUACAACCACCACUGCAGAUCCUACUACAACAUCAGUUGUAGUUUCAAGCACUGCAGCAGCUGAACCUGCAACAACUGUAGGUCCUACUACAACAACUGUAGCUCCGAAAACAACUACAACUGCCGCAACUACUACAACUGAAGCUACGACAACAACCACAACUUCCACUACAGCUACAACUGACGGUCCGACAACAACCACACCUACUACGACAGCUACAACUGAAGCUCCUACGACCACUACAACGACAACUGCAGCUCCUGCGACAACUGGAGCACCUACUACGACCACUGCAGCGCCUACUACAACAACUGUAGCUCCCACAACAACUACUUCUGCAGCUCCUACGACAACUGCAGCUCCUGCGACAACUGCAGUUCCUACGACAACUUCAGCUACUACGACAACUGCAGCACCUACGACCACUGCAGCGCCUACUACGACAACUGUAGCUCCCACAACUACUUCUGCCACUCCUACGACAACCUCAACUGCUACGACAACCUCAACUGCUACAACUUCUACAACUGCAGCUCCUACAACCACUAUGACUGCAGCAACUACUACGACAACCACAACUGCACCUACUGCUACAACCACAACUGCACCUACUGCUACAACCACCACUGCAGAUCCUACUACAACAUCAGUUGUAGUUUCAAGCACUGCAGCAGCUGAACCUGCAACAACUGUAGGUCCUACUACAACAACUGUAGCUCCGAAAACAACUACAACUGCCGCAACUACUAUAACUGAAGCUACGACAACAACCACACCUUCCACUACAGCUACAACUGACGGUCCGACAACAACCACACCUACUACGACAGCUACAACUGAAGCUCCUACGACCACUACAACGACAACUGCAACUCCUGCGACAACUGGAGCACCUACUACGACCACUGCAGCGCCUACUACAACAACUGUAGCUCCCACAACAACUACUUCUGCAGCUCCUACGACAACUGCAGCUCCUGCGACAACUGCAGUUCCUACGACAACUUCAGCUACUACGACAACUGCAGCACCUACGACAACUGCAGCACCUACUACGACCACUGCAGCGCCUACUACGACAACUGUAGCUCCCACAACAACUACUUCUGCAGCUCCUACGACAACUGCAGCUCCUGCGACAACUGCAGCUCCUAUGACAACUACAGCUACUACGACAACUGCAGCACCUACGACAACUGCAGCACCUACGACAACUGGAGCACCUACAACGACAACUGCAGCACCUACUACGACCACUGCAGCGCCUACUACGACAACUGUAGCUCCCACAACAACUACUUCUGCCACUCCUACGACAACCUCAACUGCUACGACAACCUCAACUGCUACAACUUCUACAACUGCAGCUCCUACAACCACUAUGACUGCAGCAACUACUACGACAACCACAACUGCACCUACUGCUACAACCACAACUGCACCUACUGCUACAACCACCACUGCAGAUCCUACUACAACAUCAGUUGUAGUUUCAAGCACUGCAGCAGCUGAACCUGCAACAACUGUAGGUCCUACUACAACAACUGUAGCUCCGAAAACAACUACAACUGCCGCAACUACUACAACUGAAGCUACGACAACAACCACACCUUCCACUACAGCUACAACUGACGGUCCGACAACAACCACACCUACUACGACAGCUACAACUGAAGCUCCUACGACCACUACAACGACAACUGCAACUCCUGCGACAACUGGAGCACCUACUACGACCACUGCAGCGCCUACUACAACAACUGUAGCUCCCACAACAACUACUUCUGCAGCUCCUACGACAACCUCAACUGCAACACCUUCUACAACUGCAGCUCCUACAACCACUAUCACUGCAGCAACUACUACGACAACCACAACUGCACCUACUGCUACAACCACAACUGCAGAUCCUACUACAACAUUAGUUGUAGUUUCAAGCACUGCAGCAGCUGAACCUGCAACAACUGUAGGUCCUACUACAACAACUGUAGCUCCUAAAACAGCUACAACUGCAGCAACUACUACAACUGAAGCUACGACAACAACCACACCUUCCACUACAGCUACAACUGACGGUCCGACAACAACCACACCUACUACGACAGCUACAACGGAAGCUCCUACGACCACUACAACGACAACUGCAGCUCCUGCGACAACUGGAGCAGCUACUACGACAACUGCAGCACCUACUACGACCACUGCAGCGCCUACUACGACAACUGUAGCUCCCACAACAACUACUUCUGCAGCUCCUACGACAACUGCAGCUCCUGCGACAACUGCAGAUCCUAUGACAACUACAGCUACUACGACAACUGCAGCACCUACGACAACUGCAGCACCUACGACAACUGGAGCACCUACAACGACAACUGCAGCACCUACUACGACCACUGCAGCGCCUACUACGACAACUGUAGCUCCCACAACAGCUACUUCUGCCACUCCUACGACAACCUCAACUGCUACGACAACCUCAACUGCUACAACUUCUACAACUGCAGCUCCUACAACCACUAUGACUGCAGCAACUACUACGACAACCACAACUGCACCUACUGCUACAACCACAACUGCACCUACUGCUACAACCACCACUGCAGAUCCUACUACAACAUCAGUUGUAGUUUCAAGCACUGCAGCAGCUGAACCUGCAACAACUGUAGGUCCUACUACAACAACUGUAGCUCCGAAAACAACUACAACUGCCGCAACUACUAUAACUGAAGCUACGACAACAACCACACCUUCCACUACAGCUACAACUGACGGUCCGACAACAACCACACCUACUACGACAGCUACAACUGAAGCUCCUACGACCACUACAACGACAACUGCAACUCCUGCGACAACUGGAGCACCUACUACGACCACUGCAGCGCCUACUACAACAACUGUAGCUCCCACAACAACUACUUCUGCAGCUCCUACGACAACUGCAGCUCCUGCGACAACUGCAGUUCCUACGACAACUUCAGCUACUACGACAACUGCAGCACCUACGACAACUGCAGCACCUACUACGACCACUGCAGCGCCUACUACGACAACUGUAGCUCCCACAACAACUACUUCUGCAGCUCCUACGACAACCUCAACUGCAACACCUUCUACAACUGCAGCUCCUACAACCACUAUCACUGCAGCAACUACUACGACAACCACAACUGCACCUACUGCUACAACCACAACUGCAGAUCCUACUACAACAUUAGUUGUAGUUUCAAGCACUGCAGCAGCUGAACCUGCAACAACUGUAGGUCCUACUACAACAACUGUAGCUCCAAAAACAGCUACAACUGCAGCAACUACUACAACUGAAGCUACGACAACAACCACACCUUCCACUACAGCUACAACUGACGGUCUGACAACAACCACACCUACUACGACAGCUACAACGGAAGCUCCUACGACCACUACAACGACAACUGCAGCUCCUGCGACAACUGGAGCAGCUACUACGACAACUGCAGCACCUACUACGACCACUGCAGCGCCUACUACGACAACUGUAGCUCCCACAACAACUACUUCUGCAGCUCCUACGUCAACUGCAGCUCCUGCGACAACUGCAGAUCCUAUGACAACUACAGCUACUACGACAACUGCAGCACCUACGACAACUGCAGCACCUACGACAACUGGAGCACCUACAACGACAACUGCAGCACCUACUACGACCACUGCAGCGCCUACUACGACAACUGUAGCUCCCACAACAACUACUUCUGCCACUCCUACGACAACCUCAACUGCUACGACAACCUCAACUGCUACAACUUCUACAACUGCAGCUCCUACAACCACUAUGACUGCAGCAACUACUACGACAACCACAACUGCACCUACUGCUACAACCACAACUGCACCUACUGCUACAACCACCACUGCAGAUCCUACUACAACAUCAGUUGUAGUUUCAAGCACUGCAGCAGCUGAACCUGCAACAACUGUAGGUCCUACUACAACAACUGUAGCUCCGAAAACAACUACAACUGCCGCAACUACUACAACUGAAGCUACGACAACAACCACAACUUCCACUACAGCUACAACUGACGGUCCGACAACAACCACACCUACUACGACAGCUACAACUGAAGCUCCUACGACCACUACAACGACAACUGCAGCUCCUGCGACAACUGGAGCACCUACUACGACCACUGCAGCGCCUACUACAACAACUGUAGCUCCCACAACAACUACUUCUGCAGCUCCUACGACAACUGCAGCUCCUGCGACAACUGCAGUUCCUACGACAACUUCAGCUACUACGACAACUGCAGCACCUACGACCACUGCAGCGCCUACUACGACAACUGUAGCUCCCACAACUACUUCUGCCACUCCUACGACAACCUCAACUGCUACGACAACCUCAACUGCUACAACUUCUACAACUGCAGCUCCUACAACCACUAUGACUGCAGCAACUACUACGACAACCACAACUGCACCUACUGCUACAACCACAACUGCACCUACUGCUACAACCACCACUGCAGAUCCUACUACAACAUCAGUUGUAGUUUCAAGCACUGCAGCAGCUGAACCUGCAACAACUGUAGGUCCUACUACAACAACUGUAGCUCCGAAAACAACUACAACUGCCGCAACUACUAUAACUGAAGCUACGACAACAACCACACCUUCCACUACAGCUACAACUGACGGUCCGACAACAACCACACCUACUACGACAGCUACAACUGAAGCUCCUACGACCACUACAACGACAACUGCAACUCCUGCGACAACUGGAGCACCUACUACGACCACUGCAGCGCCUACUACAACAACUGUAGAUCCCACAACAACUACUUCUGCAGCUCCUACGACAACUGCAGCUCCUGCGACAACUGGAGAACCUACUACGACCACUGCAGCGCCUACUACGACAACUGUAGCUCCCACAACAACUACUUCUGCAGCUCCUACGACAACUGCAGCUCCUGCGACAACUGCAGUUCCUAUGGCAACUGCAGCUACUACGACGACUGCAGCACCUACGACAACUGGAGCACCUACUACGACCACUGCAGCGCCUACUAUGAAAACUGUAGCUCCCACAACAACUACUUCUGCAGCUCCUACGACAACUGCAGCUCUUGCGAAAACUGCAGUUCCUACGACAACUGCAGCUACUACGACAACUGCACCA